AGCAAAUUCAGUUUCGGUUUCCAAACCGAUUGAGCAAGCCGGGAGGGACGGGGAAGGCCCAGCUUGUGAGCCUAAGGCAGCCCAAGGAGGGAUGGAAUGUGCCCCCCAGUCCUUCAGCCUCCUGGAGAAAGGAUAGACCCCUUACAGAGCAAGGCAGAAGCCGAGAGAAUUUCUCCCAAGGGGCAGCCUGGUUCUGGAGGGAUGGAGCUCUUCCAGAACCUGUAUGAGACCCCUGCAGACAUGCUGUCCGCCUUCGUGGAGCGGAGGCUUCAGCCCGAGGGGGACUGGAAGGAGGAAGUGAAGGAUGCCCAGCAGAGAAUCGAACGUUUCUUCAGGGAUCGGUGCUUCCAUGAUGAGCUGGUUCUAGACCAGGAAGUCAGGGUGUUAAAGGUGGUGAAGGGCGGAUCCUCUGGUAAGGGAACGACACUGAACUACAGCUCCGACGUGGACUUGGUCUUGUUCCUAAGCUGCUUCCCCAGCUUUCAAGACCAGGCAGAGCAUCGAGGAUCGAUCAUCAAAUUCAUCAAGAAGAGACUGACUCAGUACAGCAAGAGCCUGGCCUACAGCAUCACCAUGGUCCCGCAGAGAAAGACGACCAUGGUCCCCCGCUCCCUGUCCUUCCACAUCCAGGCCAGGAAGAACAGUGAAGCUAUUGGAGUGGAUGUGCUCCCCGCCUAUGAUGCUCUAAGAAAUUUUUGCCCGGACUCUAAACCAUCUCCGGAAAUCUAUGAAGAGUUGAUAACCAGCGGCGGCCACCCUGGGGAGUUCGCACCGAGCUUCACAGAGCUGCAGAGGCACUUCGUGAAAAGUCGCCCUGUCAAACUGAAGAACCUUCUGCGGCUGAUGAAACACUGGUACCAGCAGCACUUGAAACCUAAAUAUCGAAAGGCAUCACUGCCCGCAAAAUACGCACUGGAGCUACUGACCAUCUAUGCCUGGGAAAUAGGUACAGACAAGAGCGAUAACUUCGACCUGGAUAAAGGGUUUAGAGCCGUGAUGGAACUCCUUGUAGAUUAUGAAGACAUCUGCAUCUAUUGGACCAAGUACUAUGAUUUCCAAAAUGAGACUGUCAAAAUCUAUAUCAAACAACAGUUGAAGGAAUGCAGGCCAGUUAUCCUGGACCCGGCUGAUCCCACCAACAACCUGGGAAAAGAAAAGAGAUGGGACCUGGUAGCCAAAGAGGCCGCUCACUGCCUGAGACAGGCCUGCUGUAAGAAUGACGACUCCAGCCAGGACUGGCACGUACAGCCAGCACGGGAUGUCCAGGUGUUGGUGAAAAAGACAGGAGAGGAGUCCUGGACCCUGUCGGUGGAUCCCUACAGUCCCAUCUGGAAGAUGAAAACGGAGAUCAAGAGGAUGUGUGACAUCAGGGGACAGCAGCGUCUCUCCUUCCAGGAGCCAGGAGGAGAACGGCAACUGCUCAGCAGCCAGCAGACCCUGGCACAUUAUGGGAUCUUCUCUAAGGUUAGCAUCCGGGUCCUGGAGACCUUCCCUCCCGAGAUCCAGGUCUUUGUGAAGGACUCUAGCGGCCAGAGCAAGCCUUACGCCAUCGACCCUGACGACUCCAUCCAUACCUUGAAAGAGAAGAUUGAGGAGGCUGGGGGACCUUAUGUGAGGGAUCAGAUACUAAAGUUUCAGGGCCGGAAACUAAGGAAUCACUGCAGCCUUUCAGACCUGCAGAUCAAAGACUGUGACACCAUCAUGCUCAUUAGAAGCCACAGGGCUCCAGAAGUGCCCCUGGUGUGGGCCCCAGAAGUGCCCCUGAUGUGGGCCCCAAAAGUGCCUAUGUACCGGAUAUACACGAUGUAGACUUCCAUGGCUCGGUUCCCACACCCACCCCUUUCUACCCAGGCCACUGUGAUUUCCUGAAGCAUAAAUAUGAACGUACCCUUUCCCUGUAUGAAGUCCUCCAACAGCUCCUAUUACUUAUAUAAUAAAGUUCAAGUUCUUUUGCUUGGCA